CGUGAGCAUAGUCGGAUAGUGCGUGGGUAUUGAUUCGUCCGUCAACUUGAGUGAUUACUGCAUGAUUUCCUCACUCCUUGAACCUGUAGCAAUCAAAAAUUUCCUGCUGCACAGCUUCCUUCCUUUCUCCAGGUGGCAUAUUGCAUAAUCGGUUACGAUGCCAUCGAUCGUACAGCACCUGGUGUUCCUGACUCUGCUAUUGGCUGCAAUGCCGGCAUCGGGUCGCAAGGUGAAGCGAAAGGAGGGGCACUACCACCUGAAUGUGCCACCCCCACCGCCACCACCUCCCUCCCAUCAGGGUCCGCUGCCACAGCAAACAGCGAUAGUUGAGCACGAGGUUCCCCCCUACACCUUCGAGGCCAUCAACCACGACGAGUUCGAGCCGGCAAAAUUCGAGAGUACCAAAUUGUCGCAUUACGAGAGUUCCGACUACAUUGUUCACACCCUGCACAAUGGUGGCGGGGGAAGUGGCUACCUGGCCGACAAUGGCCUUCGAAGCAUUGCCAAGGGAUCUGCGGAUCAGGCCAUAUCCGCUGUCGCGAGUCAAAAUGCAGCCGGAAAGCAGGCCUCCUAUGUGGCCAAGAGCACUCUUGCUCAGGCGGCGGCCCAGGCAGCCGGAACAGCGGUGGCCGUCCUUAAGGGCAAGGAGGUACUGCUGCGACGACUGGAAGAUCAGAGUGUGGAGGCCCACAAGGCGAUGGAAAACGAGUUGACGCAACUACAGCAGGCCAAGCGAUCGGCUAAGGCCGCCCAAUAUGCAGCUCAGCAAGCCAUCAACCAUGUCAGCGUUCUGACCGCUGCCCUUAAUAAUGCCCAAUCUGCCUCGGAACUGGCACAAAAAGCCGCUUCGGAGGCGGCAGCCGAAUUGGCCUCCCAGAUCGACAUGGUGGCUCAGGCCAAGGCCAAACUAGAGCAUGCCGAGUCGCAUGCCUAUGCAGCACGCCUGGAUUACGAGGAGACCCGCGAUGCUGCGGAGAAGGCUACCCUAUCUGCCCAGGAAGCCCAACUGAACGCUAAUGAUGCAGCCCUUCAUGCCAAUGUGGAGCUCAGCGAAGCUGUUCAUAUCCAUGACAAAAGCGAUAGGAAUGUUGGGGAACCCCCACGCAACCAUAGACGCCAGUGA